CUCCACACCAUUCAAAUUCAUUGCAUGCAGCUCCUCUUCCUCGCGCGUGUCAGAUCUACCAGAUCCCUCCAACGCAUUUCCUGGACUGCUACCCACACGAGAGGACCCCAAGCGGCUGCUACCAGCUGUAGAACAUUCACGCAACAAGCCCUAUUCGAAGACGCCGACAUGGGGAAGAAAGAGAAGUCCUCGUUUCAAUUGAAGACGCCCAAGGGCACUAAAGACUGGCAGGGGACUGAUAUGAUCAUCAGGGAUGGGAUAUUCAGCAAGAUCAGCGAAGUCUUCAAGCGCCACGGAGCAGUGACAAUCGACACACCCGUUUUCGAACUCAAGGAGAUAUUGGCAGGGAAAUACGGGGAGGACUCGAAGCUCAUCUACGAUCUCGCGGACCAAGGUGGCGAGCUAUGCUCGCUCCGCUACGAUCUCACCGUCCCGUUCGCGCGCUGGCUCGCCAUGAACUCGUCUGUCAAACACAUCAAGCGAUACCACAUUGCCAAAGUCUACCGCCGGGACCAGCCUGCGAUGACGAAGGGGCGUAUGCGCGAAUUCUACCAGUGCGACUUCGAUAUCGCCGGCGAGUACGACAGCAUGAUUCCAGACGCGGAGAUAUUGCGGAUUACGAGCGAGAUCUUCGAAUCGUUGGGGUGGCAGGGCAAAUACACCAUCAAGAUAAAUCACAGGAAAAUCCUAGACGGCAUAUUCGAGGUCUGCGGCGUGCCAACGGACAAGCUCAGGACGAUCAGCAGCGCGGUGGAUAAGCUAGAUAAGUCGCCCUGGGAUGAAGUCCGCCGCGAAAUGACCGAGGAGAAAGGCCUCGAUCCAGAGGUCGCCGACAAGAUAGGGCAAUACGUCAACUUCAAAGGCGGACGCGACCUAUUAACGAAGCUAACCGAAGAUACCACCCUUUAUGGAAAUGCUUCUGCAAAGAAAGGCCUCGACGACAUGGCAACCCUAUUCGACUACCUAGAGAUCUUCGGGGUACUACCCAACAUAUCUCUCGACAUGAGCCUGGCCCGCGGCCUCGAUUACUACACCGGCGUCAUCUACGAAGUAGUCACGGAAGGCUCAGCAGGCGACUCCACGGCCAAGAAGCCAGCGAAAAAGGACAAAAAGCCAGCGGACGCGGACGAAGAUCGGUCUUCAGACCCCUCGGUCGGCGUGGGCAGUGUAGCCGCAGGUGGUCGCUAUGAUGAACUUGUCGGGAUGUUCAGUGGGAAAGGUCAGAUCCCGUGCGUUGGGAUAUCCUUCGGUGUCGACCGGAUAUUCAGCAUCACGAAGGCGCGCAUGGCGAAAGAAACAGAGCUACGGCCAAAUGAGGUCGAUGUGUACGUCAUGGUGCUCGGGAGCAAAGGCGGCCUCCUCAAAGAACGCAUGGAAGUCGCGACGAUGCUGUGGGACGCGGGCAUCAAGACCGAGUUCUCGUGGAAGGUCAAGCCAAAAGCGCCACCGCAAUGGAAGGCGGCGGAGAACGGCGGCAUUCCCUAUGCAGUCAUUCUAGGAGACGAUGAGGUUAGAGACGGGAAGGUGACGCUGAAGAAGUUUGGCCUUCCCGAGGGCCACCCGGAGAAGAACGGCGUGUUGAUCAGCCGAUCAGACCUGUUGUCCGAGCUGAAGAAGAAGCUGCAGGCGCUUUCGGAGCCGGAGCUGGAGGAGAAGGUCGGGG